CUUGGAAGGUGACAAGGGAGAAGUUCCGCUGGCGGAUUUGCUCAGCGGAGACUUCACUCCUUGGAAGGUGACAAGGGAGACGUUCCGCUGGCGGAUUUCUCGAAGUUGCCCCUUCGGUGGUUAAUACGUGUCGUGCCCACAGCGGGUUAGCGUGCGUAGGCUUGUCUGCUAAGCCUGUCCGUCUUCUAGCCUUUAAUGAUGGUAACUGUGGGUUUUGUAACCGAGAUGACGCUUCGGGCAAUCCGGAGAGUGAGUGGAGAUGUACGACACGUGUACGGCUAACAAGGGAUGUUGGUUUGGGGCGGACGGUUGAGGACGCGUUGGGGCCUAUAUAAAAAGGGGGGAAAUUCUGGGGGACUCUACACUUUGUGAAAAUUUUGAAAGCUUAGCCACCGUUUGUUCGAAACCGGAGAAGGAGCCUACCGAAGUUUGGAUACACUACUCCCAGAGACGUUGGUCGUACCUGUGCACCACCGUGCCGGAGAUUGCAUCACUGAGGAUCCUCACUGCCAGAACCGCUAGAAGUUGAGCCGUUACAGACCAUCCCCUGGGAAGCAACUAUGGCCCGUGGUUCGCGUUCAGAGAGCUCUAGGGCGGGUGAGGCCGCUGCCGCCAAGGUUAGGCGCGACGAACGCUUGGCAAGCAAUAGUGCUGCUAGCGGCUCCGCCGGGGAGGAAGAGGCAGCGGAGCAAAAUGUUGAGUCGGCGUGGUUCCUCCCGGAUGGGACAGCCGUUGACGAGGCGGGAGGGGGAUGAGCGGUGCUGCUGUCGCUCGACUGAAGCAGGCGUUCCACCUGCCGGGGUCGGUGAAGCUGCGACCACCGACGGCUGAUGAGAAGGCGUCGAUUCUCCCGACGGGGUGUGCGGCCGUGCACGAGGCCAUAUUCCGCCAAGGGGUUACACUUCCGCUGGUGCCCAAUCUUCAAAUCCUUGUUUGCGAGUUUGGCCUUGCCUUCGGUCAGAUCUGUCCAAACAUGUGGCGGUUGAUGUUGGCGAUGAACUCCUUGUGGCGCUUGUCGGGGUGCGAGGGGCCUACCGUGGCGGAAGUGCUCCAUUUCUACGAGUUAGUAUAUGUGAAGCGCCAAGGUUGCCACGGGCAAGUAAAUUUGAGUCGCCGGCAGGGAGCGCCCAAGCUGAUCGAGAAUCUGAGGGACUCCAUGUCCUAUUGGCGGGGGACCUUUUGCGUUGCUACCGACGGUUGGGAGUACCACGCUAGGUCUAACGAGGAAGGGCCGUCAUUUAGGAUUAAGUCCGAGUUCCAACCUAUUCGAGCGGGACUCCGGUAUACGCUGACGCGUGCAGAAGAGUGCCGGGUGGCGAGGAUCAGAGGUUGCUGGCGGAACCGGAACCUGCUUGACUUCCGCUUGCUAACUGGUUGGGAGUUAUUAGUCGACCUGCGACUAACACGCUCUAUUGAAACUCCGCCGGGCAACAAAUCAAGUCGCGACGCGUUCGAGAAGGCGAUGGAUCGGGCGGAGAUAGAAAACUUUUUGGAGGCCAUGUAUGCUGAGGGACUGGCGGCCCAGCAGACCGUGGUGAACCCGGAGACGUUGGCGUUGAGUCACUCCGAGGUUCCGGUGGAGAUGGCAAUGCCACACCAGUCUCACCUUGGCGAAGAUGGUCUGCCUACGGUGCAGGCGGGGACUCAGGCGGAUGGCGGGGAGAGGGGAAUCGUUGCUACCGGGCAGCGGGAACGGAUGCCUGCCACCAGGCGCGGUCCUCAAAAGAAGGCGGUACCUUCAACAGAGACUGCUACCGAGGCCAGGGGUGAGCCGCCAGUGCGGGUGACGAGGACCGCUGCUGGCACACAAAGGGCGCUGGAGAAGAGGCGCCGGCAGCCUGACUCCCCCGCCGAGGAAGAGGAAGAAGAGGUGGUUAUCGGGGUCCGCCAACAAAAGAAGGCCCGACAAACCGCAUCGAAGCUGGCAGCACAAGGGUUCGUGAGGAACAACAUUGUACUGUAUCAGCGUAACUGGAGCGUGCCCUUGCCUGUGGCAUGUGAAGAUGGCCAUCGUAAGGCCUAUGGCGAUAAUGAUGGAAAAAAUGUGACCGAUCAUAGGUCGAGAGGCGAAAAUCGUUAG